GAAUUUGCAUCUCUUCAAGACACAAGAUUAAAACAAAAUUUGCGGUAAAUUGGAUUUUAAAUUAUCUUCCGUUUGUGACCCUUCGUCUUUCUUAUGUGGAUAUGCAAGCGAGAAGAGGAGACUGGACAUUCCCAACAUGCUCACUCCCCUAAUCUGUCGGUCUAGAGGUUUGGCUUCUACAAACCAAGGGAGUCGACAAGCUAAAGAUGAAGCCCAGAGCAGAGUGCUGUUCUCCCAAGUUCUGGUUGGUGUUGGCCGUGCUGGUCGUGUCUGGCAGCAGAGCCAGGUCUCAGAAGAGCCCCCCCAGCAUUGGCAUUGCUGUCAUCCUCGUGGGCACUUCAGACGAGGUGGCCAUCAAGGAUGCCCACGAGAAAGAUGAUUUCCACCAUCUCUCCGUGGUGCCCCGAGUGGAGCUGGUAGCCAUGAAUGAGACCGACCCAAAGAGUAUCAUCACCCGCAUCUGCGAUCUCAUGUCUGACCGGAAGAUCCAGGGUGUGGUGUUUGCUGAUGAUACAGACCAGGAAGCCAUCGCCCAGAUCCUUGAUUUCAUUUCCGCUCAGACUCUCACGCCCAUCCUGGGCAUCCACGGGGGCUCCUCCAUGAUCAUGGCAGACAAGGAUGAAUCCUCUAUGUUCUUCCAGUUUGGCCCAUCAAUUGAACAGCAAGCUUCUGUAAUGCUCAACAUCAUGGAAGAAUAUGACUGGUACAUCUUUUCUAUUGUCACCACCUACUUCCCUGGCUACCAAGACUUUGUAAACAAGAUCCGCAGCACCAUCGAGAAUAGCUUUGUGGGCUGGGAGCUGGAGGAAGUCCUCUUACUGGACAUGUCCCUGGAUGAUGGAGAUUCUAAAAUCCAGAACCAGCUCAAGAAACUUCAAAGCCCCAUUAUUCUCCUUUAUUGUACUAAGGAAGAAGCUACCUACAUCUUUGAAGUGGCUAACUCAGUAGGGCUGACUGGCUAUGGCUACACAUGGAUCGUGCCGAGUCUGGUGGCAGGGGAUACCGACACGGUGCCCUCAGAGUUCCCUACUGGCCUCAUCUCUGUGUCAUAUGAUGAAUGGGACUAUGGCCUCCCUGCCAGAGUGAGAGACGGGAUUGCCAUAAUCACCACCGCUGCUUCCGACAUGCUAUCUGAGCACAGCUUCAUCCCCGAGCCCAAGAGCAGUUGCUAUAACACCCAUGAGAAGAGAAUCUACCAGUCAAACAUGCUCAAUAGAUAUCUGAUCAACGUCACUUUUGAGGGGAGAAACUUGUCCUUCAGUGAAGACGGCUACCAGAUGCACCCAAAACUGGUGAUAAUUCUUCUGAACAAGGAGAGGAAAUGGGAGAGGGUGGGGAAGUGGAAAGACAAGUCCCUGCAGAUGAAAUACUAUGUGUGGCCCCGAAUGUGCCCUGAGACAGAGGAACAGGAGGAUGACCACCUGAGCAUUGUGACCCUGGAGGAGGCACCGUUUGUCAUUGUGGAAAGUGUGGACCCUCUGAGCGGAACCUGCAUGAGGAACACAGUCCCCUGCCAGAAGCGCAUCAUCUCUGAGAAUAAAACAGAUGAGGAGCCAGGCUACAUAAAAAAAUGCUGCAAGGGGUUCUGUAUAGACAUCCUUAAGAAAAUCUCUAAAUCUGUGAAAUUCACCUAUGACCUUUACCUGGUGACCAAUGGCAAGCACGGGAAGAAGAUCAAUGGAACCUGGAAUGGUAUGAUCGGAGAGGUGGUCAUGAAGAGGGCCUAUAUGGCGGUGGGAUCACUCACUAUCAAUGAGGAGCGGUCAGAGGUAGUUGACUUCUCUGUACCCUUCAUAGAAACUGGCAUCAGUGUCAUGGUGUCACGCAGCAAUGGGACUGUCUCACCUUCUGCCUUCUUAGAGCCAUUCAGCGCUGACGUAUGGGUCAUGAUGUUCGUGAUGCUGCUCAUCGUCUCAGCCGUGGCUGUAUUUGUCUUUGAAUACUUCAGCCCUGUGGGUUAUAACAGGUGCCUCGCUGAUGGCCGAGAGCCAGGCGGCCCAUCUUUCACCAUCGGCAAAGCUAUUUGGUUACUCUGGGGUCUGGUGUUUAACAACUCCGUACCUGUGCAGAACCCAAAGGGGACCACGUCCAAGAUCAUGGUGUCGGUGUGGGCCUUCUUUGCUGUCAUUUUCCUGGCCAGCUACACUGCCAACUUAGCUGCCUUCAUGAUCCAAGAAGAGUAUGUGGACCAGGUUUCUGGCCUGAGUGACAAAAAGUUCCAGAGACCUAAUGACUUCUCCCCCCCUUUUCGCUUUGGGACUGUGCCCAAUGGUAGCACAGAGAGGAACAUUCGCAAUAACUACGCGGAAAUGCAUGCCUACAUGGGAAAGUUCAACCAGCGGGGUGUAGAUGACGCACUGCUCUCCCUGAAAACAGGGAAACUGGAUGCCUUCAUCUACGAUGCCGCAGUGCUGAACUACAUGGCAGGCAGAGAUGAAGGCUGCAAGCUGGUGACCAUUGGCAGCGGCAAGGUCUUUGCUUCCACUGGUUAUGGCAUUGCCAUCCAAAAGGACUCGGGGUGGAAGCGCCAGGUGGACCUUGCUAUCCUGCAGCUGUUUGGAGAUGGGGAGAUGGAAGAACUGGAAGCUCUCUGGCUCACUGGCAUUUGCCACAAUGAGAAGAAUGAGGUCAUGAGUAGCCAGCUGGACAUUGACAACAUGGCAGGUGUCUUCUACAUGUUGGGGGCAGCCAUGGCACUCAGCCUCAUCACCUUCAUCUGUGAACAUCUUUUCUACUGGCAGUUCCGGCAUUGCUUCAUGGGGGUCUGUUCUGGCAAGCCUGGCAUGGUGUUCUCCAUCAGCAGAGGUAUCUACAGCUGCAUCCAUGGGGUGGCUAUCGAGGACCGCCAAUCGGUGAUGAAUUCCCCCACUGCGACGAUGAACAACACACACUCCAACAUCCUGCGCCUGCUCCGCACGGCCAAGAACAUGGCCAAUCUGUCUGGUGUUAAUGGCUCCCCACAGAGUGCCCUGGACUUCAUUCGCCGGGAGUCAUCUGUGUAUGACAUUUCUGAGCACCGCCGCAGCUUCACGCAUUCGGACUGCAAGUCCUACAACAACCCGCCCUGCGAGGAAAACCUCUUCAGCGACUACAUCAGCGAGGUGGAGAGAACAUUUGGCAACCUGCAGCUGAAGGACAGCAAUGUGUACCAAGACCACUAUCAUCAUCACCACCGGCCUCACAGCAUCGGUAGCACCAGCUCCAUUGACGGGCUCUACGACUGUGACAACCCACCCUUCACCACCCAGCCGAGGUCCAUCAGCAAGAAGCCCCUGGAUAUCGGCCUGCCCUCCUCCAAACACAGCCAGCUGAGUGACCUGUAUGGAAAGUUCUCCUUUAAGAGUGACCGCUACAGUGGCCACGACGACUUGAUCCGCUCGGAUGUCUCUGACAUCUCCACGCACACGGUCACCUAUGGCAACAUUGAGGGUAAUGCAGCCAAGCGCCGUAAGCAACAGUACAAGGACAGCCUGAAGAAGCGGCCAGCCUCCGCAAAGUCCAGGCGGGAGUUCGACGAGAUCGAGCUCGCCUACCGUCGCCGACCGCCCCGUUCCCCUGACCACAAGCGCUACUUCAGGGACAAGGAAGGCCUACGGGACUUCUACUUGGAUCAGUUUCGAACCAAGGAGAACUCUCCUCACUGGGAACAUGUGGAUCUGACCGACAUCUACAAGGAGCGGAACGAUGACUUUAAGCGCGAUUCUAUCAGCGGAGGAGGGCCUUGUACCAACAGGUCUCACCUCAAACAUGGGACAGGUGACAAACACGGUGUGGUCAGUGGGGUGCCAGCCCCCUGGGAGAAGAACUUGACCAACGUGGAGUGGGAAGACCGGUCCGGGAGCAACUUCUGCCGCAGCUGUCCCUCCAAACUGCACAACUACUCCACUACAGUGGCAGGACAGAACUCGGGUCGGCAGGCAUGCAUCCGGUGCGAGGCCUGCAAGAAGGCAGGCAACCUGUACGAUAUCAGUGAGGACAACUCCCUGCAGGAGCUGGACCAGCCGGCAGCCCCCAUGGCAGUGACGUCAAAUGCUUCCACCACCAAGUACCCUCAGAGCCCAACUAAUUCCAAGGCCCAGAAGAAGAACCGCAACAAACUGCGCCGACAGCACUCCUAUGACACCUUCGUGGACCUGCAGAAGGAAGAAGCCGCCUUGGCCCCGCGUAGCGUGAGCCUGAAAGACAAGGGUCGUUUCAUGGAUGGGAGCCCCUACGCCCACAUGUUUGAGAUGCCAGCUGGAGAAAGCACCUUUGCCAACAACAAGCCCUCAGUGCCCACUGCCGGACACCACCACCACAACAACCCCGGCAGCGGCUACAUGCUCAGCAAGUCGCUCUACCCUGACCGGGUCACGCAAAACCCUUUCAUCCCCACUUUUGGGGACGACCAGUGCUUGCUCCAUGGCAGCAAAUCCUACUUCUUCAGGCAGCCCACUGUGGCAGGUGCGUCGAAAGCCAGGCCGGACUUCCGGGCCCUUGUCACCAACAAGCCAGUGGUCUCGGCUCUGCAUGGGGCUGUGCCAGGCCGUUUCCAGAAAGACAUCUGUAUAGGGAACCAGUCCAACCCCUGUGUGCCUAACAACAAAAACCCCAGGGCUUUCAAUGGCUCCAGCAAUGGGCAUGUUUAUGAGAAACUUUCUAGUAUUGAGUCUGAUGUCUGAGUGAGGGAAGAGAGAGGUGAAGGUGGGUAUGGGAGGGGUAGGGCUGUGGGUUGUGUGGUGCGCAUGUCAUGUCACAGAGGGGGUCGGGGAUGAACUUGAUUCCCACUUGCUCCUUUUGUCUUCUUUUAAUUUAUUUAUGGGAUCCUGGAGUUCUGGUUCCUACUGAAGGCAACCCUGGUGACCAGCACCAUCUCUCUUCCCUUUUGCAGUCCUCCCUUCCUCCCCGCAUCUGUCUGCCAUUUCUGGUCCCUUGUGAGAGGAUGAAGUGGGCCCUCUCAGUGCAGGAGGGUGGAGAGAAGAGAGGAAGCACUCCAUGCGAGUGUCUUCCUGGCACAGAAGAGCUCUUUGUCAUGCACUUUGAGUGAGGCCAGGAGAGCAGAAAGGGGCCGUAGGAGCACAGGAGUAGCUUUCCCCAAACUGAUCCUUCUGUUUAGAUGGGAAAGUAGCGUAUCCAAGUGAUACCAGUUAGCAUUCAGCUCGUGAAUGAAAAGAAAUUUUUGCUGAAUUCUUUUUGUAUAGAUGACAUCUGCCUAGGGUUUGGGUGCGAAGCAGAGGGUGCAAGGCCAUGUGUGUUUAUAUAUAAGCCAAAAAAAAAAAAGGUGUUUGCUUUAGCUCCGUGAGACUCUUUAGUGGUGAGCUGGAGUGCGAGGUCAUUGGUGGAUGAGUGGGUUCCUGAGAAGACUGGAAAGUUCAUUUUGACAGUGUUUCAUGUGCAUUGGAAGCCAGCAUAGGGGCAUUGUGAGGGCAUGUAUGUCCAGGCACACUGGCAUACACCUGCAGUGGAGGGCUCCAAAUGCGGAGAAGACAACCUUGACUCCUU